AUGGUUAUAAUUUGGAUCUUGCUGCUGAGUUUGUUGCAGGAAUCUUGGUCCCAAGGGCUGGCUGCGGAGGUGCCCGAGGUACCUUAUUGUGCCAAAGGCCAGACGUGUGACCCAAGGCUGCGCAGAGAUGCUGGGGGGCGCGGCGGAGUCUAUGAGCAUCUCGGGGGAGCACCCAGGCGCAGGAAGCUCUACUGUGCCACUAAGUAUCACCUCCAGAUCCACUCCAAUGGGAAAAUCAACGGCAGCCUGGAGAAAAACAGCGUCUUCAGUAUUCUAGAGAUAACUGCAGUUGAUGUUGGAGUCGUUGCCAUCAAAGGGUUGUUCUCUGGCAGCUACCUGGCCAUGAACAAAAGGGGCAGACUUUAUGCUUCAGAAACUUACAAUGCAGAAUGUGAGUUCGUGGAAAGGAUUCAUGAGUUGGGCUAUAACACUUACGCAUCUCGCCUAUACCGGACAGUGCCCAAUGGAGCCAACACCAAACGCAAAGCCAGUGCCGAGAGACUCUGGUAUGUCUCCAUCAAUGGGAAAGGCCGACCCAGAAGGGGCUUUAAAACCCGCAGGACACAGAAAUCCUCUCUCUUUCUGCCCAGGGUACUGGAUAACAAAGAUCAUGAAAUGGUCCGUCUAUUUCACACAAAUGUUAAAUACAGAGAGAGUCUACUGAAGCCUCUGAGUAAGAAUAAAAGAAGAAGGAGAGGACACCAAUGGAUUCCUUGGGGGGAUUGGGGUGGGGACUGA